AUGUCGACAUUUGAUCAAAUCUCCGAAAUCGGUGGAUCAGGUGAUCAUGCUGCUCCUUAUCCGCCGAGACCUUUGGCUUCGGUAUCGGCUCCACCAUUGUCAUCGCUUUCUCUGUCACCUCCGUCAGAGUUGCCGCUGCCAUCGCCGAGACCUUCAACGACACCUCCAGUUCUACAAACACGAAAACCAGGGCUCAUGGGACCAGUGCCACCGCUUCUUCCUCGUGUCGUACCGCCACUGCCAUAUGGAAUCCCACUGCCGGCCCCUCAUCUGCUACCAGUACUGCACCCGCAUCUCGUUCCAAGACCAUCGUAUGCCAUGCCUCCGCCAAUGAUUCCUAGGGCGCCUAUCAUGCCGCCACCACCGCCACGACCUUUGGUGCCACCAUUGCUUCCUCUGCUGCCACCGCCGCCACAUUUCUUGUCUCCUCCGACGUUCUGCCUGCCUGUGCUGCCACCAAACAUGAGACGUCUUCCAUCACAGUUUGGUACUUCGCCACCACCACGAAUUGGCACUUUGCCAUCACCACAGCUUGCUCCUUCGCCACCAACUUCGAUGUCACCGGCACCACAACUGCCGCCGUCGUUCGUCAACAAUCUUCGUCCAGCGAACCCGAAUAGUAUGGAACCCAUGUCGUGGAACGUUAAUCCGAACAGUCGUGAAUUCGGAAGUCACAGCGCUAUGUGGUCCAGUGCAGCUCUUGCUCGUCCCGUUUGGGCUCAACAGCCCUCUCAAAUGAACAUUCCAAAUGAUCAGCAGGUUCGCGAGCAGAAUCCUGAAGACGACGAUUAUCCUGAUGAUGAAUCUGAUUCCGACAUCGAGUCUGAGUUGGAACCCGGUGAAGAUGCUGCUCCUAUUCCAGUUUCCUUUUUUCCGAACGAGGUAAGAUCCUAUCCUUCUUUGCAAGCCAACUUCAAGGGUUCAUACUUCAUAAUGCUCGCGAAUACUGUCACAAUAGAAAUGUCUGUUGAUCGUUGUAUGAGACUUACAUUUGGGAAAGUUUCGGUGUUUAUUAGUGGAGACGGUACUACUACUUCAAUCGCUCAUAAAAACAUGUAUAUGGUACAGAAUGGUCCUCAUCUUGCUGCAAAAUUCACCGUUUCAUCCGUCACCGAUCAACACGUUAUGAUUACCGAAGGAGGUGUUCUGAUAACGGCCAGCAAUCUGGAUAAUGCUUUCCUUGUUUCGGAUAGACUAGGCGUCUGCUUCAUUCCAUUGAAUAGUCUUGACUUCACUCUUGGUCAAUUGAACGGCCAAAUUUGUAAGAAAUAUUUCGAGGAAUUUGCAACGGUUGGAGUACAAUAUUACGAUCAAGUAGAGGAAAUUGUUGGAGCAGCUAGAUACUAUAAAAAACGUCCAUGGAAAUCGAACAUAUACGUACAAGGAGUGUUUGUUCGCUAUGUUGAUCAUGGAGAAGUUGUGUAUCGUUACACCCCCUACUCCGUUCAUUACAAUAGACGUUCAGGAUGUCUGUCACUCAAAACUCCUCGCAUCGAAGUUUCGAUUAAGGAAGGAUCCAAAGUGGAAAUCAAGUUCGGCACCAGACGUGUACACGUAUCCAACAUGGGCAUUGUUGUAUCGGAUAACGCAAGAUCAGCUUCUCUGGAUCUUUUCGGAAGGCUGGUAUCUGUUUGA